AUGGGAGAGGCUAGUACUGCUAAAGUAGUUGUUGAGCGAAACCUACUGCAAGAGAAGAAAUUAUUCAAAUUGUCAUCACAAGAACAAAACCAUCUGACAUCUGUACUUAAAGUCUUCCGGGCAGAGAACAAUUGCUAUUCAUUAAGCGAUUUGAGUUGUUGGGCAGAGGCCAGGAUAGGCCAGUUGGAAAACAAAAACAUUGCAGACGUUGUAAGCGUGGAGGAACAGUCCAUGUCGACCUGGCAUAGGGAUUUAAAGAGCACGAAAGCAGCAGAAAACGAGGAAUCCCUCGAAGAGACGAACGGAGACCAGUGGUCUUACGAUUCUCUCGUGAGUGCGAUGAAACAUGCACAACCAUGGUUGGGAAAGUGCAAGCUCAUCCUUGCCCCGUAUGCCUCCUUGGUUAAGGAUAUACAUGACGGUGUCACUCUAUUAGAGGUUCAACGGUCAAACACCUCCCGCUUAAGCCAUCUUCUGACAGAACUGAUUGAAACACUUUCCUUCAAAGAAUCGGAGCAAUCACUGGUGGAUGGUAUUGGCACAUGUGAUGCUUCCCUCAACCUGGCAGAAUUUGAUGGGGAAGAUUUUCAAGCCGCCACAAGAGUAAUUGCUACAAAAGUAGCUGCUCUGCGCCGGUUAUCACCCCUUGCUGAUAUGGAGGCAGUUGGAAGAGUGCAAGGGUUGUUGUCGCAGAGACAGCAAGAAGCAUCAACAAUCUUAAUGCCUAUGUUGAAGGAACAUAUUGAUCAGAUCUAUGACCGAGAGCGAAACCUCAUAGCAAAGGGCUCUUUCGAAAUGAUUCGAAAAUGUCGUUUUAGAGAUUCCAUGUCUACAGAGAGACAAGAAUUUUUGAAAGGAGUACAAAGCCUCGCUAUCUUCGGAAAGGGCAAGUUUGUAGAACUUCUCGAGCAUUUCAUUUCUCUUUCCUCGGCGCUAACAAUGAGAAUAUUACAUGCUGGCAUGGAAAGGAUGCAAGGCAGGCUUGUUGACGGUGGGACAAUUGUUCGCGAGACGAAAAUCUUUAGCAACCACUUAUUCUACGCAGCUGUUGUAGAGGGUAUUCAAGCGUGCCAACUCUUCGCAGACGUUUUGGGGGCAGCAUCGGAAGAAGAGAUUAUAUCCCUUCCAGGCCUUUUGCGAAGGCUGAUAAGCACGGAUGCAAUCAUCGAUGUCUUCUUGACAGAGGAGAGAAACGACGCCAUGCGAGCCUGCAUAUACCUUACCGUAUCGCGCUAUCUUCAGCUGAUUGUCAGAGGGGUAAAGGAUGGCGACUGGAUCCGAAAUGCGGAUAUCUUGGUGAAGACGAUGGAAGCGUCUGCAACUGAUGGCGACAUUGAUUUCGAAAAUGACACAGCCAUCCAGCGGAAAUACAGCACGAGUUUGCAGUUGACAGAGAAUGAGAAAGUAAGGCGUGAUGACCAAGAUUCGCAGCCACUCUCAAGAGUCUCAAAAAGUGCUUCUUUUUCCGGAAGUUCCAGGCUCGACAGAAGCGAAAAUGCCUUUACAUGUACAGAACAUGUAACGGCAUGUAUGUCCAACUACUUAGAUAUUGCUCAAAAUAUGUCCAACAGAUGUAAGUCCUUGGCAGCAGAGCAAGUUUCAUCAUAUAUUUCUGCUCUGUCCAACUCGAUGGACAUGAACUCCGAUCAUGCCAGAGCCGAGUUUUUCUUCCAUGUUCAGGAAAGUAUGGAUUUAUGUGACAUCUUGACUGCUUCCGAGUAUGAUCUAUUCAAAGGACCACCCGUCAAAACUGCGGAAAUUGAUCCGGCGAGGUCUCUCUGCGAGCGCUUGGUUGCCGCUGCAAUGAGAAGCACUGAAAUAUCAACACACAGCUGCAUUGAGCGGGUGUCAGGCACCGUGAAACUUCAAUGCUACGGUUACAUCGCUACGACGCUGGACAGAGCAGAGAUCCCUGAAUAUUUAAUCCCGUUCGCUCACCUCUCUGCAAGAGUUUGGAGGCACGUAAUGGCGAAGUGGGCGGAGCGAGAAGUUUUCGGGAGCCUUUUUUCCAGUCUCAAGAUGGAGUCCACAAAACCUUCGGGCGAAGCGCAGCGAAAGUUCCAGUCUGUAAUUUCGGAACUAGACGUUUCCCAAAUGGCUUCGCAAAUGAAAAAUUCGCUGCUCGCAGUGCUUGAGACUGCUUCCAAGAGUUUCGUUCUUGAAGCAUCCUGUGCAGCUUUCAUUGCGCUCACGAAAGAGAAACUCGAGGACUGCUUGUACAGGGCAAAGAAGCAAAGGCUCAGUGCCGAAUCACGGUCGCUCCUCGUUACAGUUUCCAAGGAACUUCUUGCCUCCUUGCGAACAGAACUUGGGAGAUUAUCUGAAAACAGAAAACGGAGAGAAUAA